AUGCACAACAAUCGCCCUCACCCCCUGCUGGAGCAGGUCCCCCUCACAGUAUCUCCUUUCGUGUCUCUCCCAACAGCCACCACCCUCUCAUACAACUACAAGACAAUGCCGUCCAACAUACCUCCCUCGGCAAUGGGCAUCGCCACGGCAUCUGAAGAUCCAUCCCAGCAGCCGAAAUCGCGCUUUGUCGUCUCGGCCUCUGGCCACGCCGCUCACCCCGAUGACAUUGUUGACUCGUGCAAAGCGCUGCUGGAGCACGUUACCAAAGUCCAGGAGAGCGCAGAGCGGGAACUUGACGAAUUCGAAGAGCGCAUCAAGCAGCGCGACCUAGCCGAGAAGAGAAGAGUAGCCCCCGGUUGGUUGGAUAGCGAGUCGCGGCUAUUGCAGCCAGAGAGAAAGUCGGCACAGCCUGGGCCGAGCGCGGGAGGCACAGCCCAACAUCAACAACAUCAACAACAACAACAACCACCGCACCAACCGCCAACAGCGGAAAACGCCGCGCAGCUGGCGAUUGAUGCGGGUGCAGAACUGGACAGGGCUUUUGGCGGCAUGGCUCUGAAGGGAAACGAUUAA